AUGACCGUGGUCUCGAAGCCGCAGAAGGACACCAAGGAGGUCAAACUUCAGUUCCUUUUGCGCAUCCGCGCAAGUGGAUUGAGCCAUGCCUUUUCUACCAAUGACUCGAGGUUCGACACAGUUCGCGGCCUCUGGCUUGGUUCUGGCAUGGAUUCCGACGAGGUUUUGGAGGAGAAAAUUGCCGCGCUGUCCAAGUACCUUGUUGCGGACACCUAUGGCAACGUGCAAGUGUGGUCUAGGAUCUUGAAAGCUCCUGUGGAUCGGCUGCGCGCCGAUGAGGUUGCUCAUUUUUUGUUCACGGUGCUGCAGUUGCGCUUGCCGAGCGAAGGAACAUACGCUGCCAUCACUGGAGUCUUGGCAAGCCUGGACCCGUCGUGCACGAGCUUUGAUUUGCGGACUAAGUUGCAAACAGUGAAAACUGCGUGGACAAGCAUGAAAACUCGUUUGGGCAAGACCCAUGCAGAUCCGCCACAGUUACUGCAGACAUUGCCUGCAACGUUUGAAGAAUUGCCAGAGGAGCUGCGAGCUCAGUUUGGUGAGGCACGCCCUUUGCAUCCGUGGCCAAUCAACGCAGGGGAAGUUGAGCGGCAGAUCUUACGGGUGCCGAUUCGCAGCACUCAUGCAAGUCUUCAGGAAAAGAAGGCUAAUCCGUUGGAAGCUUUGGCAGACAUUCUUAUGUUGCGUGCUCAAGGUGGCCGAAGCAGUGGUGAGAACAUCUUUGAAGCUGGAUUGAAAAACUUGAAGAUUUUUUCUCCCACGCGGAGAAGCAGUGCGGAAGGGAAGGACAAGGAGAAACAGCUUCAGUUGCAAAGGUUGGCGGUAGGCGAUGCGUUGAGGCAUGGUGCUUCAGGAGGUGUGCCACAGGCACCUCUUUGCUUGGAAGAUCAGAGAAGUGGCACAGAGGUGCCACCUUGUGCGCCGGCCAGGAGCGGUGCCAAGAUAAAGGCUGUGGGCGAUGCAUUCUCUACGGGAGAUGCAGGUUGUGGGAGCAUCUCUACGGGAGCAUGUCAUCUGCAGAUGCUUGUCCCUGUGGGGGAUAACGUAAUCUCUGCGCGAGGUGCAGCCUCUGAGCAUAUAACGACUGUGGCAUGCCCUCGUGAGGCGAGUGUCCCUGAGGGGGAUAAGCAGCAGCCUGCUGUCCCUGCGGGGGAUGCAGGGCGACUGGAGAAGCAGCAGGGGGCGCCGAAGACUCGCAGCGGUGCGUAUGAGGCACACGCUGCGAAGUUUUUGGCAUCCCGCCAAGCUGCGAAGGAGGCGAAGGCGAACCGGGGUUCGGGCGAAGAGGUGGCACCACAGGGGGAACCUUGCUCGCGGGGCAAAGGUUUGAAGCGGCCGGCAGCUGCUAUGAAACGGCCAGCAGGAAAGCGACCGCGCGAAGAGGCGGCAACAGUGGAGCCAGAGGUGGGCGGUUAUCAUAAUGUGGUUUUCCAGGCGAAGACACAUGGGAAGUGCAAGGUGGAGUACUAUACCCACAAAAGUUACAUUCGCCGUUUCCAAGAGGACGCGAAGAAGUGGGUUAUGGUAUUAGGUUGCACACAUCCGAAACACCACAAGAAAGUGUGCGCGCUUCUUGUGCCUCACGUCAAACGCGGUUGUUUGCGGGAAGCGUUGCUGCAGGUGCGCGCGGAGUGCUGUUGGAUGGCUGUCAAGGAGACGAAGAAGGCCGAGCCCAGCUCCUACUCGGAGGAGAGUGAAGAAGAAACUCGGGAGGUGGAGCCCGUGGUGUCUGUGAAAAGUAAAAGUAUGCCUGCACCUGCGAGGUCAGGGAUGGGUGACGCUGCACCUGCAGGGAGUGGCAAACCUGACGCAUCUCAUGUGGUGCCGAAGGGUUCUCCUCCGCCGCCGCCGUUGCCCCCAUCGGAGAAUGAUCGGCGAGCGGACUCGGAGGAGACAGAAGAGGCCCUGCGAGGGCCACGGGCCCGGUCCCUGAUGCGUCCACCAAGGUCGCCAUCGCCGCGCGCGGUGGGGGCCACGCCCAAAAGUGCCGCCCUCGGGAAAAAAAGGGAUGGCGACACAGGGCAUGGCGGCAAAGGCCAUGGUGGCAAAGGCUAUGGCGGCAAGGGACAUGGCAAAGAAGGACGGGAGCAGUGCAUGCACUGUUGGAAGCCACUUCCGGCCUUCCAAGUGGCCGAAGCCCAGAGGGCCGCGGAGCAGCUCAAACAAGAUCGCCAGGACGCCUACGAGGCGCAUGGAGGACACGUGCCGUUUCCGGAUGAUCCCUUCUACGGGGAGGAGCGCUCCAAGAACCGUGGUCGCGCCCACGCGGCGCAUGAGGAUCGUGGCCGAGAGGUGCAUCGCAAACGUGCUCACGCGGUACAUGGUGAGGCUGGCCGCGCGCCAGGGUCGGGCCGGAGGGAGCGUGGCCUGGAGCAGAUCUGCCCCAAGCGCAAGGACAAGACGGAGCGAACUGCUCCGGCUGCGGAGGAGAGGGAGAUCCUGCGUGUCCGCGAGACGCGCCCCGAGAAAAAGUGCAAGGAGGUGACGUUGAAGGCCGCAAAGAAAGACAAAGGCGACCGCAAGACGGAGAAGGCCAAGGUCGCAUAUGUCCUGGUGAGGAAGCCCAGCAAGAAGCGCAAACAACAGAAGAUGGUGCUGGUCUCAAGCAGUCCGUCGCCGGAGGUGGUUCGUCGCCGCAAGCGCGACAGCCCGGACGAGGAUGAUGACUCAGACACCCCCGGGGAUAUGGUGCUGGAGCGCACAGGCCGCGGCACGUACAGAGUGGUACGUGUGCUUGCAUGUCGGACGGAUGUCGGCAUGGCUUCUGUCUCGGGUGCGGCGACGCCCAGUGCGUCUGCUGCGACAGCACCGGCCUGCGCGGCAAGUGAGGCGCCAAGUGCGCCGGACAGCUUAAGUUGCAAGUUAUGUUGCAGGACGUUGCCUUCGUCAGCUCCUGGACGCAUGCGUGGGAAGUCUUGGACAUGUCGUCAUUGCCUCUCGCUUGAAACUAUGCUCUAUCGGCACCUGGGAAGCACGGAAGCACAGGGCUGGUCAGUCGAUUCCCGUGAUGACUUUUUCCGUAAGGCCACGUCUUUGAUGAAUCUUGCCGGAUGCACGUGGUCUACGGUGAAAACCUUGAUCGUGGAGUGCCAGGCCACGCGCCUGAUUAAGGAGCAAUCCAAUCAGGUAACGGCUAAAUCUCUUCCUCUCGAAGUCUGGUUGAAGAAGGGCUGGAAGAAAGAAGCGGUGGAGCAAUACCCGUCCGAGGAAGAUCCGAACCUGGGCACGCUGUACGCAAUUCCCGUGAAAUCCACAACCAUGAAGGAGGCGAAGCAGUUGAUUGAAGAACAGAUGCAAAGGAAGGAGAAAGAAGUCAUGGGAAAGAAGAACAACGGCAAGCGCUCAGACAAAGCGGAAGAGACACAAGAACAAGAGUGGGAUGUGGUGCCGCACAAGCCCGCUACGGGCGGGGAAGGGCGCCCAGGAAAGAAGGCCAAGACUUCCACCUCCACGGCAGCUGCCAAGGAAAAGGCUGACAAGUCUGCCUUGAGGGCUGCGAGCCAGGCGAACAAGGCAAAUGAAAGCAUGGCAUUGUUGGCGGCCAAGGCCACGGGAAUGCUGUCGAAGAUGCUGAAGUCUUCCCAGACCUUGCUACAGCAGGCAGAGAAGGCGAAUGUGGAUCUGCCGGAACAAAUGAAGAGUUUGGAACAAGCUGUGGAACGCGCUACUAUGUGGAACAAAGCCUGCGUGGAUGCCCUGCCAUUGGCGACGGCAGCUAAAGGGACUGGAGCUCGCCUUGCAGAUUUGCCUUUCACGGCAAAAGAUUUGCAGGACUUCAUAAAGGCGACUGCAGAAGUGCAGAAGGAGAUUCGUGCUGCCGCAAAGGUCUUGAAGGAGAAAGAAAAAACCGCUGAGGGCGGGGAGACUGCAGAGAAGUGUACAGUUUGCAGUGGCAAGAAACGUCGGGACGUGGUUUGCAUCAGGAAGCUCAGCAAGGAGGAAGAAGACAAUCUGAAAGAGUGCCUUGCUGUGCCUAAUGUGGCCGAGAGCCGCAUACUGAAAAUUUGGAACAUAGCUGGUCACUUGCGAAAGAAUGCCUGCGAGGUAAAGCAGAGCCAGAUGCAAAGCUUGUCGGCUGAGCGUCUACGUGAUGCUCGGGCAUGUUAUCGAAAGUGGCCUGUGCCGGAAACGAAUGAAGUGGUUUGGUUGCCUUGCCUUCCAGCGCUUCUGCAACACGUUGUGGAAGUGCCUGUGUGGCACAACGCUCUCAUACAGGCUCACGCGGCUGCCAACGGCUUGCUACGUCCCAUUUUAUAUCAUGAUGAUGUGACAUGCGGAAACAUCUUGGUGGUGCACAAGGUCAAGAAGAUAACUGCGGUAUAUCUUAGCUUCAAGGAAAUGAGGCCACACGUGGGGCUGGAAGCUGCGUGGCUGCCUUUAUUGGUCAUCCAACGCCUUCAACAAGACAAAAUUCCAGGCGGCUUAUCAAGGAUCUUGGCACACAUGGUGAAAGAAAUAGCCCGAGAAGUUGCUCCGGGUGGAUUGAAGCUUGACUUUGGUGACCAAACACUUUGCUUCACACUGUCUGAUCAAUUUCUCUUUCUAUCAGACAUGGAAGCCCAACGAGCAACAUGGUCCACCAAAGGGUCAGCUGGGCUCAAACCAUGCAUGUUUUGUAGCAACAUCAUUUCCAAACAAGCAUUGCCUGCAGGUGAUCCUGAGGGGACAUUUGCCACUAUCGCUUCGGCCGCUUGGCAAGACUUCUGUCCGAUCAGUGACGAAGACUUUGCGAAUGCAGCGAAGCAUCUAGCCACCUUGACGAAAAGAAGCGAGAGAGAUGCAUGGGAAAAAGCCUAUGGUUUGGCGUGGGAUGCCAACUCAAUUCUGGCGGAUCCCAAUGCUCUUCACUUGCUUCCACCUUCCUUGGCUUGCAACGACGUGUUGCAUAAUCACUACUGCAACGGCAUUGCGUCCUUGGAGAUAUCUCUGGUGGUAGAAAUGUUGCAGGAGAAUGAAAUUUCCUUGACAGAUCUACGGGAUCUGUCCGUGAGUGGCGCAUGGCGUCGCCCCAGAAAAACAGAGAAAAUGUCACAGACAUUUCUGCAACGCAUUCUGUCGCCCAAAAUGUUUGAAGGCAAAUCAUACAAGGGAGACGGAACUGACACGCAACCACUUGUUUUCAUGCUAUGGUAUGUCCUGCAUGAGAAAGUGCCACAAAAGGACGAAAUCGUCCCGAGCAGGCAAAGCUUCGAGUGGCUUCAUCAAUGCAGCAGAGAACUCCGGUUCUUGAAGACACACUUUGAAGCUAUCCGACAUGAGCAUCAAGUAACGCGUCUACGUGACGCGCAAGCAACUCAUCAAGCGAAGUUUACAGCCGCCUAUGGCGAAGAUGCGUGCCUGCCAAAGCACCACCACCGCUUUCAUUUGCCUGCUUCCGCAUUGAAGUUGGGAUUCUUGCCGCACUGUGAACCACAUGAAGCCAAGCAUAGAUGCCUAAAAAGCGGAGGCCUAGUGGAUAGACAGAAAGGAAGACUGGCUGCUCACAAUGAAAUACAGACCCAUCUGCUCUCCCGCUUUCUGGAAACCACAAAACAACAAGCCAUGGAACACGGUCUGGCACGAUGGGAACUGUUGCCACCCACGCGGUCUGCAGCAGAAGAAUGGCGCCGCACUUUGUCAGACGCAUCCUUGAUAUGCGGCAAGCAAAUCCAAUUGCUACAGCACAUUUUGCGUGUGGAAGAGCCUCUCUUUUUGAACCAUCUGGCCUACGUGGUCAAAGAUUGCCUAAGUGGCGACCAAACAGGAAUCUGGCUGCGGCUGCGACCUCUGCGGCUGGAACACAUGCAAGCAUGGGGAAGCACGCAUCCGCUUCAUCUGGUCCUUGACUUUGGGGCCUCGAAGCCUGGUUGCAAAGGGAAACUGUGGCUGGGCGGUGAAAACGCCUCUGGCGAUGUGCGGCUGCUGAUUGAGAAUGGCAUCAGCGUCGUGCAGCCUGCCUCCAGGAAGCCAGCGCCUGCUGAAAGCUUGCAAAUCAAACUCAUGCCAUGGGUCGACGGGACCGGGUUAGCUUCAGGUGAUGUGUCAUUGGAUGACUUCCUGAAGACGGUCGACGAGCUGAUCGCCAUGAUGCUGGACGGUGAAGCGGUGCUCUCGUGCUGUAAAAACGGCGCGCACCGUAGUGCGACAGAAACCACCAUAGUGGUGAUGCGAGUGACUGGCUGGGAUGCCCAGCGAAGUGCCAACUAUGUUAGCCAACUGCGCAACUUGGUGGACCUCGACAGCACAGCUCCACCGUCGGCGUUUCGCCGGGUUCCGACCAAGCCGAUUGAGUUUCUCAAGGGGAACCAAGAUCGGAUCUUGGAAGGAAGCUUGAAUUUGGCGGCCAACACGGUGGUCACCCCGAUCCAGUUUCGCAGCAAAGCUCGCGACUUGGGCUUUGAGACCAAAGGGGCAGCACCUGAAGAUGACGGACUACGGCCUAGGGCCAAGGCAAUGCCGGCAAUGCCAAGGACAGCUGGAACGCAGACCGGGAUUUCGUCCUACGAGGUGAUCAGCGCACCCAGUGGCAACGACACCUUGAAUACCGUGUCAAGCCAGGAGAUGAGCUCCUUGAGUUCCUCGGACACUCCUCCAGGUUCUACAAAGCGUUUGCGGCGUGAAGGCGGUUUUGUGGUGGUUAAGGACGAGCUCGCCACCGAAGAGAUGAGGGCCCAAAAGCUGACCGAUAUUUGUGACCAGCUGAGUCUGUUGAAUGACAAGCUGCUGGGUAACCUUAGACGUUCCAUGCGCCCGCCUGAGCCAGAGAACCCGCCGAAGUCAAAGACAGCAGACGCUUCUGCUGUUGCUUCUUCGGCCUCUGGCCAGGUUCAACCGGCCACUGGCCUUGAGAAAGGGGAGGAAGGGGCUGCGAUGGGCCACGUCAAGCCUGCAGGUGACGAGCCUGAGGGCAAGAAGACCGAGGAGGUGAUUGAGGUGCCCGACGAUCCCAUGGGAUGUGUCUUGGCUAUAUAG